GAAAUCAUAUGAUCGGUUUAAAAAUUAUUUGGCAAGACGUACAUUAUACAAAGAACAUCUAUGUAUAGAAAAAUAUGGUAAUGAAUUGAUGAACACGCAAAUAACAUUAGAAAAUAAGGUAUUACAUGGUGGCCAUCCAGUAAAGUCGAAAUCGUGUGAAAUCAUAACAGUUAUUACAUAAGAAUAAAUAAAAAUAUUAAAAUAUACUUUGACAAUCAACGAUAGGUGAUAUCUUUUUUAUUGAACAUGAGAACUAUCAUCUAAAACACCGGGCAAAGGACGACGGUGCAAAAUCCUUGAUAUUCGCGAGCCCAAUGCAAGAAUAUGGAAGCGGUGUUUCCAGCAAGUCAGGGGAGUAUCGGGACAACGCAGAUGGGGGGCGGGAGAGAGGCUCGUCCCAUCAAACCGAGGGCUUCCCUUCCUCCCACCCGUAUACCGUGAUGCAGCAGAAAAACUAUGGGUGUUCCAGCAAAGAUCUUUCUGAUCCAAACAUCGCGACUUAUUGUCGUGUUGCGACUGGUAUCUACGAGGCCACCGCAUCGAGCCAGCAGUAUCAGAAUCCGAGAUACAACAAUCCAUCGGUGCCAUCUUUCAGUUCACCGCCGAAUUCACCUCUAGUUGGCCUCGUCUUUGAUCCAUCUUCGCCCAACUACAGCGGUUCUGGUAUGAUCGGAGAUAGAAGCGGUAAUUCUGAUAGACGUUCCCAGAGCUCCUGGUCUAUAUCCAAUCAAGAGCCGAUUGGAACUGGGGCGAAGAAGAAAAUGAUAAAAGGCCACGAGAAGCGCAAUGCUUAUAGCGCUGAUCCGAGAUAUCACGACAGAUGCAGGGAUAAUGAUAACGAAAGGCAACGAAAGGACAGAAACCUCACUUCGGAAUCCACUUCAAGUCUAGAUUUUUACGUUGAAGGUGAGAGAAUGGUUUCAGAACUUUGUAACAUAACUGAUUCGAGAAAUGAACAGACAAAUGCUCAAAAGCAAAGCCAAAAAUCAAAUAAUCACGAUGAGGAUAAAAACAAGCCGUCACCCUCGUCGGAGGCACUGCUAACAGCGCUGGAUAAAAUAGUAAUACACGAUCAAAUACCUAAUCAAAUAGUUCAACUCGCCAUCGAGGCGUGCACUGACGCUGAGAAUAUAGCAAUAGCACACCACAACAGACCUUGCUUUAAAAAUAUUCACUCGAUUUGUGCUAAAACAAGAUCCAAUGUGCAGAAAUCUGACAGUGCUGUGGCUAAUCUACAUUCUCAGGGCAUUCCGUGGGUAAUAAAGAAUUUUAUAUUUUCUUUUGUAAGAAUUUUAGAUGGUUGGAAAGGUGUAAAAGAGUUGCUUAGCGAAAAACAUGACACCUUUUCUAGAAUUGAGAAUAAAUAUUAUAGCCCAAACAUAAGGGAAUGUUUUGUACAAUGGCAGGCUGUUACAAAAGAAAUGUUGACGCAUAUUUACAAAACAUUUAAGUGUCUCGAUCACGGCUUUACCAUGGAACAGAAAAGUUUCACACAUAAUUACUACGCAACGAACUCUGCAGCCCCGCGUCAUCAAAAUCAGAAUAAGUUUCCGCCUCCGAAAGCUCAAGUAAGUACUCCUAGGCCAGUGAAUGCAUCUCCACAGCCGUUUAAUGCUGUUCAACCUCCCUGGGUACAGAAUCAAACUCAACCCACUUGCCAGCAGUACAAUGACGGUCCAUGGCCAGCAAGAUCUGCAGUUACUUAUAAGAAGUUCCCAGUUGUACCACCGCCAACUAAUUUCUACCCUUUGAGCGAUCAGAGUGAUAUAGAUGUAUACCAAAAAACGCAAUAUAAAUGUGAUCCAGCCAGCGUGAGGGAAGCGAAACCUCGUCAAUCCUGGACUAUAACCAAUGCUUCAGAUUUUCGUGCGCUUGAAGGCUUAUGUCAGGACCAACGCGAGUUGUAUACACAGCUGAAGCAUAAGAUGGACGCUGAGUUGGGUAAAGCACCUGGGCAGCCUUUAGUGUCGAGUUUAUCAUGUGAUCUACUGCAGCGUAGAGACAUGGAACUGAAAGCCAAAAUGAUACCGUUGAGCCAUGUCGAAAAAACAUUGAUACCCAGCAUGGCUACGGCUGCAGACAUAAGAGGUUGUUACAUUCAGAAAAACAACAGUUGUGGCGACACUAAGGAAGAGGCUGAUUUUUUUGCGGCGUGGGGUCAGAUGGUCCAAAAAGAACCUAACGAUUUUAUAACUCAUCACACUCACAACGUUCAAAUACCAUCAAAUGUUGUGACGUUAGCUAAUAACAUUUCUGGCCCCGUGCAAUUUAUUGAUCCUGAUAAUGAUGAGUUUCACGAAAUGACUAAAGUUUACAUGAAGCCUGGUAGUUACAAGGUGCCUAUAAAACCAGCGGAUCCCGGCGGUUCGUUCAUACAAGGCACAUCUCCCGAUGUAAUCUACGAGAAUUCUAUAGCAGAGGAUAUUGGGGCUCUUAAAAUAAAAGUUCAAUUUCCAACGGUUACUUUAGCACCACAACCUAAAUAUAAUAUAGAAUCUUGGCCGUGCUUAAUGACCAGGCGUUCUGAAGACAUAUAUUCUGAAGAACAAAAACUGUUAUCCAGACACGGCAUCCCAUGUUUAGAGAUGAGAUCGUCCGAUCCACUUGAUUUACUCAGUUCUAUGACAUCGGAUAAAGCUUGGGAGGCAGCCAAACAAUCAGCUCCUAAAUUAAUGGAUUUCAUCCAUGAAGGUUCUAAGUCAGACACUGCUCGGUUAUACGACGCCUUAGGCCUUUGUGCAGCUGAUGAAUUUCCAGAUGAAUUAAAACAGUGUAAAACUCGUUUGGAUCACAGCGAAUCUUGGUCACCUUGCCUUUCAUCUAGUUUUAUGGCUAAAGAUAUAAACAGUUUGUGGAAUCAACAAGCAAUGAAAAACGAUCACGUAACUAAAAAUCCAGAACAAUCAAUGUUCAUAGAAGACACAAAUAAGAACAUUGAUUCAGAAACUAAAGGAAUAGAUACUGAUGAUCAAGCAGACAUAGUUGUUAACAAACAAGAGGAAUUGAAAGAGAAUCCGCGGUGUCCAAGCUUUGAUCAAAGUGGCAAUUAUGUGAGAGAUGAUUCUCAGAAGAAAUCUAGUAAACCCAAGGUUACAGUUUCGGGGAUGUGGUAUCAUCCUAAAAAGAAGAAACCUUUACCAUCCAUUACAGUUAAGAAAUUCGAAAAUAUAUUGACAAGUUUGGCCCAAAUCAAUGAAGCUGUUUUUAUACAACAUGACAUGGAUAUAAAAGUGGCGCCGAGAUUUUACGAAGUGGUAAAGUAUCCAAUGUGCUUACACGACAUAGCGACUAAACUGAAGAAUUCAUCCUACACGGAAUAUGAUCAAGUUGUACAGGACUUUAGACGUAUUUUCAAUAACGUACGACUUUAUCUGAAGAGUUAUCCGGAUCAGGUCAUGAAGAAGAAUAUUAAUAAAAUUUCCAAUGAGUUCGAAAAAAUGUUAAAUGAAGAAUUCCAGACAAAAUGGGAAUCCAAACAGAAGUCGGUGGACGAUUCGCAUGAUACCCACAAAAAGAAAGGCGACGUAGAUUGUGAUUCACACAAAAAUGAGGCAAAGCACGACGACUGUAACAAAAAACCUGACCCAAAAAACGCAGUAGAUGAUAAAAAGUAAAAUAGUUUGUCUCGUCAAAGAAUCAGUUAGUGAAUGUCGUUCAAAUUUUUGGAGUAUUAUUUUAUUUGUUUAAUCGUUUUUUUUACAUUUUUAUUUCUGUCAUCGUCACGGUGUUAGUUUGAAAUCAUUUACAUUCAAGUGUUGGAUAUCCUCGACGAGUGUUAGCAUCACAGAGAUGAUGGUUGUCUAGUCAUACUGAUGAUUAUUUUUAAUUAAAAUGUCAGUGUUGUCAUCGGAACUUAUAAUACGUAAGGAUUAUUGAGUAAUUUGUAAGCGCUUGCCAAUUUUUUAAUGGACUUUAUUUACCCUCCAAAUGGAGAUAUCUUGAAUUGUUUCUCUUACCCUGUCUUCUUUCAUUAGUUUGUAAUUUUUCGUAUGUUUCGCUUUACUUUAUUAUUCUUCCAUUGUUGUUGUGUUCCGUGUUGAUUUUGUGUGCAGAAAAACAAAUUUAUGUUUUGAUGCGAACGUUAGAGGAUUUCGUUUCUUGUUCAGACGUGUACUAUUACUAUAAAUGAACCGCAGUUUACGGUUUUACAGUUUGCUUGUGGAUCUCUAAUGAAAGGGAAUAAAUUUUGAUUCAUUAAGUCAUUUGAGCACUUCAUAAUCCUGUAUUGAUUUUCAAAGUGCCAAAAAUGUAUAAAACAGUCUAGAUGUACUUAACAAACAAUUCUCCAAAGUCGGAUAAUUUUUGGUACCAAAAUACCAAUUAUAAUAUAGGUUCUUUUUAUAUCUCUAUCUGUGAUGUAUGUUUAGGUAAAAGUUAAUUAAUUGAAUCAUUUUUCACACUUGAUUAGUUGUAACGAUUUCAAUGAAAUGUAAAUAUGAACAUUAAACGUGUAAAAAAAUUAUUUAACAAGUUCAACUUGGUUGUCGAUAUAAAUAACUAAUUAUUCCUAAAAUGCACCGUGCUGUGCAAGGGGGCUAUAUUAUUGUAUGCUUUUGAUUUUAUAUACGAAAUAUGUUGUUUUCAAAUUUAAAGCCUUUUAUGACAUAAGGUAGCAUUUCUACAUACGUUUGGUUAUUCAUUCAACAAUAAUUUAAGGGAUGUUUCUUGUGUAUUCUAGAUUAUUCUAUAAAAAAUGUAGUACCACAUAAAAAGACAAAAUGAACUAUUAUUAUUUAAAAAUCAGCAAUACAAUUUGCACUGAAAGUAAAUAAAUAUUUUUAACGUUCCUUUGACAUUUCACAUUAGUAUUACUGUUUUUUUUAGAAAAGUAACAUUUUUGAUUGUUUUUACCUGCCAUAGAGUUAAGCGGUUAACGACGUCAGUUUGAUUGUGCUUUUGUCUUUGGUUGUUCCAAAUUCAAAAUUGAGACAUUAAAGGCGUUGGAGUUAAUUUUAAGUAUUCGUUAAGUUGUGAUUUUAUUAUUUAACUUAUUUACUUAAAAUUAUGGCAAGGAACUCCUAUGAGAAUAAAUGGAUUGUUUUGUA